GUGGACAAUCAAGUUGAGGAAGAAUGGAAAAUGAGUCCAACAGCAGCACCAGUUUCCUCCUCCUUGGUCUCCUGGAGAUGGAAAGAUUCCCACACGUGUACUGUUACCUAUGUAUCUUGGCCUACACCUUCAUCAUCCUCCUGAGCUCCAUGAUCGUACUUGUGAUACUCACAGAGGAGAGCUGCCGGCAGCCCAUGUACAUUCUCAUUUGUACCGUCAUCCUAAACGGCAUGUUCGGCAGCUCCACGUUUUUCCCCAAACUCAUUAUGGACCUUCUUUUGUCCUCCACUAAGAUCUCCCGCACCGGCUGCCUCCUCCAGGUCCUCUGUGUGACAACUUACACCAUCUUUGAGGUUUCUUCUCUAACAGUAAUGGCUUAUGACAGAUACCUGGCUGUGUGCCACCCUUUACACUAUGUCUAUUUAAUGACCAAUGAAAAGGCUCUGAAGUUCAUUGGAGGAGCUUUCAUCUUCUCUUUCACCUCAGUCCUUAUCGCUGUCCUCCUCUCGGCAAGGCUUCCGUUCUGUGGAACUCGUAUCAAAAAUAUCUUUUGUGAUAAUAUGUCCCUGGUCAUCCUGUCGUGUGUGGAUACUUCUGCCAAUACUCUCUAUGGGACAGUAUCCACCACUCUAUUCCUGGCCUUCACUCUAGUGAUGAUCGCCUAUUCCUACCUCCGCAUCUUUAUGGUUUGCCUGAAGGUUUCCAAGGAGGCUUGUGAGAAGGCCAUUCACACGUUGGUGACCCAUCUCAUGAAUUUUUCUAUUUUCCUUAUUGGAGUCUUCUUCAUUUUUAUUCGAUACAGACUAGGAAAUAUCAACUUGCCCAUUGUCAUCCAUGUAUUGCUCUCUGUAACUAUAUUGGUCUUCCCACCUCUUCUCAACCCUAUUAUAUAUGGAAUAAGGACAAAAGCUCUAAAUGUGAAGCUUGUUCGUCUCUUCCGUAAAGGACUUGGAAUAAACCCACAAAUAAACCCAUGAAACACUUGCCAAAGCCCUGAAAC